GGAUCUGCAUUCCACAUUUGAAUCCGCUUGCAUCCUUCAACGAACUCGAUGAAUGCAACAGACUAGACCUUUACCCGACUGUCAUCCUGAGCUGUUUGUCACAGAAUGGCCCAGUUUUCGGGAGUAUCGCGUUGAAAACUGGCGACUUGCUCGGGAUGGGAGCGGGAAUGUUGUCCGUGGUGCGACAUCGGGGAGGUGGAUCGACCUUUGUCUACCCGUGGUCAUCUCAUUCAUAUGGCCAAGAGUUCGCGGCAGCACCAUGCUGUGUGCAUUCGCAGUCCUCACAGUUGGGUUUAUAAUCUACUGCCGCUGUACGCAAGUCAUUCAUGAAUCUGUGCUAGUUUUUCCAGCCUUUGGUAUACAGCUCGAGACGCAUCGGGGGUACCCUUUGCUAAAACCGCUCUUCGUGUCUAGGCGAUUUAUUCACGCAUCCCUUUUGGAGGACUUCAUCAUAAAUGAAGGUUUAAGAAGAUGGAAUGUCCGAUAUUAUCUGGCUGCUGUGCACAGAUCCAGUACGGACACGAUUGCUAUAGAUGUCGUAUUUGAGAAUAUUUUGCCACACUUUUCUGUGCUCCUGGAGGUUUAUCAGGGAGUGCAAGAGCUCAUGUUCCGCAACCACAUAGACAAUAUUACCCGCAUUUAA